CCAAGGAUUCCACCACUCCCUCACUUCCUUGCUCCUCCUCCUCCGUUCUUCGACGCCCUUCCUACCAAAUUCAUGGCCGCUAUCGAUGAAUUUCCGUUUCUUUCUUCAUUGCCGGUUGGUUGUGGUUUCCGCCCCACGGAGGAGGAGCUCAUUACCCACUACCUGAAGAACAAGAUUCUUGGGCAGGAGUUUCUUGUUAGAUUUAUCAAGGAGAUUGAUCUGUACAAGUUCGAUCCCGAGCAACUCCCAGACAAAUCGUAUUUCCCUUCUUCAAAUUUUGAGUGGUUUUUCUUCCGGGCCAACACCUCCAACAAUAAAAGAACCACGGCUACUGGCGGCUGGAGAUCCACCGGUGAUCCCCGCCGAAUCAAGGCUCGAGAAACCAACGAAGUGAUCGCAACUUGUCACAUUUAUGUGUUCCAUCGAGGCAAGGGAGGCAAUGCUAUAAAGACCAAUUGGGUGAUACACGAGUAUAAGCUUCACACACUUACAGACAUCACUUCCCAGCCAUUCAUCAUUUUUCGAUUGAAGAAAAAUGCAGAAGAGAGACAUGUUUCAAUACGUGACCAAGAAGAUGGACAGAACAGUACCGUUGCUUCUCACCGGACUAAGAAAGUCAAACGGGGAGGAGAAAUCCGGGAGGUAAGAGUGUCCGAUAUGAACAUUCUGAAGAGACCUUAUUGUGUGCUUGCAAAAUCGAAUUUCAACAAAAGUUGUGAAGUACCUCACACCAUUCAAACCUUCUUUAAAGUCAAGCGUGAUAAGCUUGACAAAAAGGCAGAAGUUGGCAUCUUUGUUAGGUAUAACACUAUAUCCAAAGAUUACAGAGUUUUUCAACCACACACUAGUCGUGUUAUUGUGAGCCAAGAUGUUCAUUUUGCUGGAAAUGAGCAAUGA